GCUUUUCUUCCGAUUGCUUGAAAUGGGAGUCACGUCCGCCGAUGAUGCGAUCGCGACGCGGGUGGUGAUGUACAUGCAAGAAGUACUACAGACCCCACAAGUGACAGAAGUGGUGACCAAGUUCCACAACUUCCUGCGCAGCAUCGGGGUGCCGCCGCCAUAUCCCGACGCGGAGCGCCUCGCGAUCUCUGUCGUGACCGUGAUCGGGACGUUGAUCUUUUACUACGUCUUCUUUGGGAACCGCCAUCGAACGCGGCGGUACGACCUGCAAAAGAAGCUUGAGGAAGCGGCGCAAAAGGUGCAUGAACUCGAAGAAAAGCUCGCGGACAUGGAGCUGUCGGAGGACGAGGAGAACGGCCGCAAGCCGAAGAAGGAAGUGCGCAUUUGGAUGGAUGGCGCGUUCGACAUGAUGCAUUACGGUCACAUGAACGCGUUCCGCCAAGCCAAGUCGGUGGGCACGUACCUCGUUGUGGGGGUGAACGACGACAAGAGCAUCACCGAGUGCAAAGGCGCACCGCCAGUCAUGUGCGACGAGGAGCGCAUCGCGUCCGUCGCGGGCUGCAAAUUCGUCGACGCCGUCGAGCCGCACUGUCCCUACAUCAUGAACGACGAGUACCUGCUGCGCAUGAUCGAGAAGCAUCGCCUUGACUACAUCGUGCACGGCGACGACCCAUGCGUCGUGGACGGCAAGGAUGUGUACGAGAGCGCGCAAAAGAUGGGCAAGUACCGGACGAUUCCGCGGACCGAAGGCGUGUCGACGUCCGACAUCCUCGGGCGCAUGCUGAUCCUAAACAAGGCGCACCAUCGUCACGACACGGUCACCCAGCUCAGCUCCAAGGUGCGCGGCGCCAACUCGGCGCAGCUGCAGUCGCGGCCGUCGCGCUUCCUCACCACGAACCGCAUGCUUCGGCUGUUCUCCGUCGGCAACAAGGCGCCGAGCCCGACCGCCCGCGUCGUGUACGUCGACGGCGCAUGGGACAUGUUUCACCCCGGCCAUGUGGACAUUUUGAAACUGGCCAAGUCCCAAGGCGACUACCUCAUCGUGGGUGUCCACAACGACGGCGUUGUCAACAAGCAUCGCGGCCUCAACUACCCCAUCAUGAACCUGCAUGAGCGCGUGCUCAGUGUCCUCGGCUGCCGGUACGUGGACGACGUGCUGAUCGACGCGCCGUGGGAAAUCACCAAAGAGAUGAUUGCGUCGCUGCGACUCAAAGUGGUGGUGCACGGCAGCCGCCGGGACGGACACGACGACCCCGCCGAGAUGGCCGUGCAUUACAAGGCCGCGCGCGAUGCCGGCAUCUACGUGGAAGUGCCGAGCCCGCGCACGCUGGACGUGAACGACAUUGUCGCGCGCAUCACGGAGAACCGCGACCGGUUUGAAAAGAAGUUUGUCAAGAAGAUGGAAGCGGAAAAGGAGUAUUACGACGAUCGAUACGCUGCCAAGGAACAAGACAAGAAGACCCAGUAGUACCACCAUCGAUCGAGAUACAAAGUAGUAUAUGGGGACAUCUCGCUAACAACUGCGAAUCAACAGCAUGUUUUGUCGAAACAUAUAUAGUAUUCGAUCUCGCGUGAGUUCUGAUUGGUUGAAUAUAUUUGUUCUUUAUGAAAGAGCCAAUCAAAUCCUCUAAAA